GGGGCGGGGCCAUUUCCCCAGGUGUCUGGGGGGAGGGCAUGUGUGUGGGGGGGUGGCAUUUAAAGCGAAAAGCUGACAGUGCCGCUGAGUGAAGCAGCGGCUGCCGCGAGCCGCUGGGCUGCACACACACACGCACACCGAUGCACACGGACCUCGACACCGACAUGGACACGGACACAGAAACCACAGCACUCUGUCCCUCCGGCAGCCACAAGGCCUCCCCACCAGGGACACCCACACCAGAAGCAGAUGCUACACUGCUGAAGAAACCAGAGAAACUGCUGGCAGGGCUGGCCCGGGGCGGGCCCCCCUCUGCCCCUGGGGUCCCCAGGAGGAGAGGCAGUAUGCCUGUGCCCUACAAGCACCAGCUGCGGCGGGCCCAAGCUGUGGAUGAACUUGACUGGCCAACCCAGGCUUCAUCCUCUGGCUCCUCCGAUUCCUUGGGCUCAGGGGAUGCGGGCUCUGCCCCAAAAGACGGCAUCUUCAAGAUCAUGCUGGUGGGGGAGAGCGGCGUGGGCAAGAGCACCCUAGCAGGCACUUUCGGUGGUCUCCAGGGAGACAGCGCUCACGAGCUGGAGAACCCAGAGGACACCUAUGAGCGACGCAUCACGGUGGAUAAGGAAGAAGUGACUCUAGUUGUUUAUGACAUCUGGGAACAGGGGGAUGCAGGGGGGUGGCUGCGGGACCACUGUCUCCAGACCGGGGAUGCCUUUCUCAUCGUCUUCUCAGUCACCGACCGGAGAAGUUUCUCCAAAGUUCCAGAGACCCUCCUUCGGCUGCGGGCUGGGAGGCCCCACCACGACCUCCCGGUCAUCCUCGUGGGAAACAAGAGCGACCUGGCCCGCUCCCGGGAGGUGUCACUGGAGGAGGGCCGCCACCUGGCCGGGACGCUGAGCUGCAAGCACAUCGAGACGUCGGCGGCGCUGCACCACAACACCAGGGAACUCUUCGAGGGCGCCGUGCGCCAGAUCCGGCUGCGGCGGGGCCGCGGCCGGGCGGGGGGCCAGCAGUCCGAGUCCGGCAGCCCGGAGGGCCCGGCGCCGCCCGCACGCCGCGAGAGCCUCACCAAGAAGGCCAAGCGCUUCCUCGCCAACCUGGUGCCACGCAACGCCAAGUUCUUCAAGCAGCGCUCCAGGUCGUGUCACGACCUCUCCGUGCUCUGAGCCGCUGUCGCCAUGGCCACCGCAGUCGCCAUGGCCACCGUCCGCUCGCCCCCUCGCCCCGCCCCGCCCGGCUCCCUCGGUGGAGGCCGUCCAGAAAACCAAAAACCCCAGGCGCCCACACCCACGCCACCUGGCCUUCCGCGGACACCCUGCGGCCCCUCACCGCGGAGGGGUGGGCUUGGUGGGUCAGAAUGCAAAAUGGUUCUGCAGUGGUUCUUUUAUUAACUCAAGCUUGGCCACCUCUCCUCUAAACAAACAAAAGAAAAAAAAAAGAGAGAGAGAGAACUGGAAAAGUGCUUUGUGGACUCCUAGCUGGAGUUUACUUCCUUUAUACUCUGCGUGAAUAUGCCUCACCUUUAAGGGAUUCUUAAAGGUACUGACACGGAGACCCUCCUUCCAGAGACCUCUGGAAACGCUCUAGCUCUUAUCUGCCACUCUUGUCCACUUUGCCUUUAAGAAGUUUUUAAAGGCAGGAGCCUGUAAGCUUAUUCUUUUGAUUUGAGUCUAUGGUGUACCAGGCCACCAUGGCCCUUCCCCUUUAAGGCUAUUAAGGGUAAGGUGUGGACAGACUUUCUGCCUUCUGAUGCCAGCAGUGAAGAGCUGAGCAGUGGUUAACCCCUUUGGCCAGGGCCCAGGAGGCACCAGCAAGGGGCUGCCCUUUCCCUUUUCAAUAAAGAAUUUUUCUACUGCAUCUGUUCACUUUGAGUCUGUUCUCAGAGCCUCUAGGGAAGAGAUGAGUGUAGAUGGAGAUUGCUGUUACAGACAAGAAAACUCAGGGAGACUUUGGAAAUGACAGGGCCCUGGUGUGGUCCAGAUAAC